AUGAUCCAGAGAUCCAAGACACUGACCAUCUCUGCAGUCGUUGUGCUUACAGUACAGGCUGCUGUUCCUUCGUCCACAUACGUCGGUCGGGGCACCUCCCGCGACCCCAAUGACAAUGUCACCGUCGCUGUCAACGUGCCCUCCGAUAGCAGCGAUUCCCUGUUCUUCCAUUUCUCGGCCCCGGCUGGGCAGACAUGGGCGGCGUUUGGCCUGGGGGGUCAAAUGAAAGGCGCCUUGAUCUUCGUCACCUACGCUUCCGAAGAUGGCAAGAACAUCACACUCAGCCCACGUCUAGGGACUGGACAUGUCAUGCCUCAACAUACCUCGUCUGUACCAGUUGACGUUCUGGCUGGGAGUGGUAUCUUCAACGGCUCCUUUGUCGUAAACGCCAAGUGUACCGGCUGUCGCUCGUGGAGUGGCGGGAGCCUCAACGCCGCCAGCACAAGUCAAAAGAUGAUAUGGGCUGUAGGUCCAACUGGGGAUUUGAAGACCAACGACCUUUCGGCUUCAAUCACACAACACGAAGGCUACGACUCGUUCGAGCUGGACUUCAAGGCAGCGACCGGCCCAGGCGGCGUCCCCGUCCUGGACUCGUCAAACUCGACAAAUGUCAACGACAGCCCCGUCUCAGGGGGUCAUUCAAGGGCUGGUAUUGCGGUUCAUGGAUUUCUCAUGGUUGCCGCCUUUUUGAUCGUCUUCCCCAUGGGGUAUUUGCUUUUGCGUGUCCUCGAGAAGGUAUGGCUCCACUGGGCUGUUCAGUCAUUAGCUUUGGUCAUGGUCUGCAUUGGUACUGCAGUUGGCAUUGCCGUCAGCAAAAGGAACAAUCUUACGCCCAGUUUGACUUCCGGCCAUCAGAUCCUGGGACUCGUCAUUUGCGGCUUGCUUCUCAUCACUUGGACCGUGGGGUUCGUCGGACAUCGUAUCUAUAAGAAGACCGGUACUCCAGCCAGGAUCAUGAUCGGCCAUCGUGUUCUUGGACCAGGCACUAUCUCCCUGGGGCUUGUCAACUGUUUUGUCGGAUUUCGCUUUGCAGACAACAACCGCGGCAUCGUCGUCUUUGCCAUUGCCAUGGUCAUAGUGAUCAUCUUUGUGAGCACAAUGACUACUUUGGCUCGUCGUCGGAAACUGCGGAAGGACGUGAUGAAUACCCCAGCGGCGUUCAACUUCCGCGAAGGUCAGUCGGCUCCUUCAUAUCCUCCGCAGCAUCAGCCUCCGCCUUUCCAGAAUCAAGGUGGCAUCCCGCUGCAAAACUAUGCCAACGCGCCUCCGAUUUAUCGUUAG